GGAGAAGACCCUCUCCUUUCUGAAAUCCUAGCAGUCUGAGGUGGCGUCUGGUCUCGGGCUAAAAAUAGACCUAAAAUCUGCAUGUUAAGUUGCCCCCAACACAGAGACAGAAGAAAGGAAAUGGAACAAGAGAAAAAACCUUACAAGGAUCUACAGUGACUUACAGCGAGUUUCUUUCUGCAGAGUUACCUUGGCUACUGCGUCUCUUGUGAGCUGUCAUUGACUGCCCUAAACUGUCCUAGCAACAGACAGGCAGAUGGCAUAGCAACUGGGAGAGAGGGAGACACUUGGGUCAAGGGAAUGGUGAGAACAGCUGGAUCCAGGCAGACACAGAUGUGGACAGACAGAGUGGCACUUGCAGACAGUCCCCUCACAAUCCAGCACGAGAGAUUUAUACAGACCUGCUAACAGCUGGACACUGAGCUUCCCUUAAACAGCUACGUGGUACCUGGACACAGCCUACUCGUCUCCUCUGUUUGGGCGGAGCCGAAAGCCUGAGAACACGUGCCGUGUUGGGAUUGUAAGAUCCCCCCAUGGGCCAUUUCACGCGCUGACGUACUGGAAGGAGAACACAGGAACUGAAUCUGAAUGAGGUUUCUGCUGCAGUCUUGGAGGCUUACUUUCAGAGAGAAAUGAUUCCGCAUGAAUUGUGGCAAGUGCUCUCUCACAGCAGGCAUGUGUUCUGUUGCUUUCAGUUGAGAUCAGUGUCCAUCCAGCCUUAAGCACAGAAAAAAGCUCCCAUCACCCCCCGUCUUCUCUCCACCCCCUCUACCCCCACAGCACCAGCCAAUCAGCAGGUGGCACAAUCAGAGAAUAAAAGAAAGGUGCAGAGGGAAAGAUUGUUAAAGAAAGAUAUAACAGGUAGAAACCACCUUAAAAAGAGGUACAGCAGAUACAUUCAUCAUGAAGUCCAACCAAGAACGAAGCAAUGAGUCUUUGCCCCCAAAGAAACGUGAAAUUCCAGCAAGUACCCUUCCCUCAGAGGAUAGGCCCAUGGUGAUGGCGCCUGCCAGUGAGAGCCAGCGUGGAGGGAACCUUGCUUGGCUUGCCAGCAUGGCCAGUGGGCAUGAGAGCAACAAGCAGCACACCAGCAGCUCAGCAGAAGCCGAAGGCCCUCAGUCCAAACCAACAAUGUCCACUGUCGAGUCCAGUCGUGCUCCAACUGCAACAUCUACCAUACCUGCUGUGUAUACUUCACCACUUUCUCAACAGGCGGGCACCAUCCAGUACUCACCCAUGCACCCCAACCUGCACUUUAUCAGCCCCUCAUAUGCAGCGCCCUAUGCUAGCUACAUUUCUCCUCUUGUGUCCCCUGCAGCCACCACCACGUCCUCCCAUCGACACACUGAAGCCUACUCUGGCACUACCAAUUCUCCAGCAUCCAAAUCCGAUCCAUUAAUUUCCAAUUCAGAGAGCAUACCUCAACCCCAUUCCACCCAGUAUGUCCAAAUUUCCAGCUCCCAACUCAGUGUAGUGCCUUGUACUGCAUCUUCACCGCAAAGCCAUCUUCCCCUACACCUACAACAGACACUCGCCCUUAGUGGGCCCUCUCAGCUCCUGCUUCAGUACUCAGAUGGACCCAUGUCCAAAAAGGAAGACGGCAGACCUAGAGAGAUGCUAAACGGUGAGUCGGAAAGGGGCCGUCGCUUCAACCAUCCCUCAGAAUCAAAGGUCAGCAGCAUAGCCAAAGGGUCUUUAUCCACCCAGCAUCACCACAUCCACCAGCGAGACCACUAUGAUACCCGGCACAUGCCGCUUCCACCGGUGUAUGCACAGGAAAACACCAGUUUGAGGAACUCGUUAGUUCUAGUUCCCAACAGUCACAACUCCAGCAGUGCUGAUCCAGGGGGAAAUCAAGACAAGCUGCCUCCCCCUCUGGCCCCGGCUGAAAAAGGAGGCAUCUGUGCAGGCAAGCCAGUGUCCCGCACUCACUCCAGCACCUGUCUUCCCUUUCCACCUCCUCCUUUACCUGUAGAUGGUCUAAAGGCAGCAGUUACCACAUUAUCACCCCACGCAGUUAUCCAUACAACACAUAGUGCAACCGAGCCACUAUCCCUUGGCCUCACGUCAACCAACUUCUACUCUGCUCAUCAGCCCAUUAUUGGGUACAUUGCAGGUACAGGGCAGCCACAGCCGCUCAGCUACCACACCAGCCUUCCUCCACACCUGCUCAUCCCAGGAACUCAGCCUGUUAUUAUCCCUGUAAGUGGAGCAGAAGCUACUGCCACAUCUACAGCACCGACGUUCGCUGCAGCACUGCCCCAUGCAUUUGUGACCUCAGCAGCCCCCAAAGGUGAGUCCUUUGAGACAUCAGCUUCCUACCCCCACCCGGCAGGUGCUGUGGUUCAGGCCCAAUUGCACUUGCCUAUCCUGCCAGCCUCUGCUAGCCUGCCAGCUACUCCACCUAUACCUUCCACACCUGCUUUACCACCCUACUUCACUAAGGGUUCUAUCAUUCAACUAGCUGAUGGGGAGCUGAAGCGCGUGGAGGACCUAAAGACAGAGGACUUCAUUCAGAGUGCUGAAAUCAGCAGUGAAUUGAAGAUUGACUCUAGUACUGUGGAGCGCAUCGACAGCAGCCAUACACCUAACUGUGCUAUAAUCCAAUUUGCGGUGGGAGAGCAUCGUUCACAGGUGAAUGUGGAGGUGCUGGUGGAGUACCCUUUCUUUGUCUUUGGUCAGGGCUGGUCGUCUUGCUGUCCAGACCGUACCACUCAGCUGUUGGAACUGCCUUGCGCCAGGCUAGCUGUGGGCGAUGUCUGCAUUUCCCUCACUCUCAAGAACUUGAAAAAUGGCUCACUGAAAAAGAGUCAGGGGCAGAUUUCAGAUGCUACCAGUCUUGGGCCACUUUUUAAACCACCUUUUAAAACACCCCCAGGAGGAACACGCAGGGCAGCACGGCACAUGGAGCAGGAGAAUGGACUGGCACAGUGUGGCAAGCAGGGAGGAGUGAGCUCCCAGGCAAGCAAAGAAAAUGGAGAACUAGGUUUUGGGGAGAAAGGAGCCUGUAGAAUUCCACUAUCUUCAGAGUCGGAAUCUAUCAGCAAACCCGCAGGCCGAAAGCGGAGAUGGUCGGCUCCAGAAGGUCGCAAAGUCGAGAAGCUUGAAGAGGAACCACCCUCAACUCUUCCUAGGCCUUCAUUUAUCCCUCAGGAGGUUAAAAUCAGCAUUGAAGGCAGAUCGAAUAUUGGCAAAUGAAAGCCAUUUUGGACUUGUUUGUCGUUUUGAAUUGAAUGAAAAAAAUGACCCUCACAAUGUUCUUUUUUUUUUCCAGAAUAUUGUAUUUUAUAUCAUUUUAAAAUUGAUUUCUCUAAAUUUUUUUCUAUCCAGAUUACUGUACUGUAGGCUAAAUUAACUCAGCAGAUACGUAACCACCUUAUGAGUAGUGAUAAUAAUUGAAUAGGCACAUUGAAUAUAUAUAACCAAUUAGUGCAACUUAUUUUGGUUGGGUAAAUUUGGGGCAGUGAAUUUGUUGAAGGUGGAUUUAUGUAGGAAUUCUAAGCCCUCUUGGGUACAAAAUAUCUGAUAUUCUCAGCCUUACAUCUUUACAUCCUAUUAUGACAUAUAAGAUGAUUUAAAGUCACCCUAAACUUAAAAAAAAAAAAAUAUGUUAAUGUAAUAUUAAAAAAAAAAAGUUUCACCGCAUAGACUGGUGGUUUUGUUGCCUUUUAUAGGAACAGGGGUAAACCUGAGGUGAUAGGCUAGUUUGAUUGCAUCAUAACAUAUAAGAGUCAGUCAUGUUCUAAUAUGCAAAUGAAGCCCAUGCAACACUUGUUUACCAGGGGAAGUGGAUGGGUAUGUGUAUGGUUGUGGUAUCUCCAAUUUGCAUAUUCAUAGAAGCUGAUUAUUUUGACGAGAGUCCUUCAAAGCAAGUUUUGGGUGACUUUAAUUGAUGCCUACUGAAGCAGCACCAGGUGCUUGUGGUGCAUUAGUCCCAGCUCCAUCCAUGUUUAAAAAGGAGGUCGGCAUGGAUGACACUGCUCAGGGAGGCAGGACGGAAAUCACUCCUCUACCGUCUGCAGGAGUUUACAUAAUGUCAGCCAUCCUGCUCAAGCAGUCUCAUCUAAUGUUUAGACAUAGACGACAGACAAUCUGAAGUUCAUCACAAAUAAAAUUGAGGGUUCAUCCUGGGGAUUCAUCAGAGAUUGUAUGAUUUUUCCGAGGGAAAGAGGAGCAACCAAAUGCUAAGGUACAUGCCAACUGAGACAGAGAGAUCAAGAAAUGUCAUCAACAGUGCCAGUUGCUCCUUAGGAAAGAGAAAGCUAUACUAAUAGACCUGGAGAUAGAGGAGUUUGCUUUUAUAUAGUCACCUAGUUGAACCGUUUUAUUUUGUUGUUCUUUGUAGUUUUGCUUAUUUUUUUCGGUCUCUCUCUUUUUCUUUUUUUUUUCCUUUUUUUUUUUUUUUUUUAAAUUUGCGAUGAAUGUGUAAACAUUGCAAUCAGGGGUCACUUUCAGUCAUGUAGACACAGAAUGGGUUUUUGUUUAUGUAUACGUUCGAGGAUGGGUGAUUUUUGAGCUAUAAGUUGAGCAAAAAAGACAUUUGCUUACUAUUUUUAUUUUAAUAAGAGCUUAUUAUUUGAGAGAAAGUGAAAGAAAGUUGCCUGAGAAGGGAGGGACAGGUGAUCGAAGCACUUAACACACCUGUCACACUCACCAGCUGUUAGAUAGUUUAAUCAAUUUAGUUGUUUAUUAUUAUUAUUAUUAUUAUUAUUAUUAUUAUUAUUAUUAUUAUUAUUAUACUUCUCAAAAUGAACACAGUACUGUACAGUAUGUUGUAUGUAAGUGAUGGUGGAAUGUAGCGCUCUAUGGACAAGUCAGUUCACCCUGAUCUGUGAAAAGAAUGAAUGUGAGAGGUGACAUGAGGUGGAACAGUAAGCAGAGAUACAGGAGAUAGCAUUUGUUCCCAGGAAGCACUUUUUCGUUUGGGUCUGUACAGCUCUGCCUCCUCAGUAAACGGCGAGCUAAAGGCCUAGACAGCAACAGUUGCGUUUUGAAUUGUUUCGUAGGCAGAGCUGGUGAAACAACUGCCAUUUUGGUGAUUAAAAGUGAGAUGUUUGAGUGUGAUUUCAGAAAGGUUUCAAAAGUCAUGAGAUUGUCCAAAUUAUGCCAUGAGGAGAAAGAAAGCGCAUGUGAGUGACUCUGGAUGCAGAAAACUUCGUUAGGGUUCAAGGGUGUCCUAUACAUGUUUGUGGAAGUGUGUGCAUGUAUGUACAUGUAUGCAUAAGUGUGCGCACACACACACAAACACACAUUCACUUUUCACUUAUAUUAAUGUGUUAUAUGUCUUUUUUGUACAUUAACAUGUAUAGAAAUGCAUAUACUGUAUCUUGCCUUAGUGCAAACAGAUAGUGUGUGUAUGUGUGUGUGUGGGUAUGUGUGCAUACCGAGUGUGUGUGAGUGUCUGUGGUGUCAUAUAUUUGUAAGAGUGUGUGUGUGUGUGUGUGUGUGUGUGUGUGUACGUAUGUGUGUAUGUAUAUAUAUAGAUAUGUGUAUAUAUAUAUAUAUAUAUAUAUAUAUAUAUAUAUAUAUAUAUAUAUAUAUAUAUAUAGGUAUUCGUCCAGUGUUUUUCUGUGUAAAGUUCAACUUAAAGAGAAUCUUGCAGUUUGCACAUCUGGAGAGGCAGUAACAUGACCUUUAUGAUUUAGUUUUCAGCCAGUGCUCACCUGCAAGGGCUGAAAGCUCAAUUUACUGAAAUGUAGCAGUUACUUGACAAGUUCGCUCGGCUUACUGGUCCGCUGUGGCUUCCCUUCACUCUUUCACUUAUUUAACCCACAGGCACCCUUUCAGACCCUUAAGAAGAUGUUGUGAUAUACUCUCUAACAUGCAUACAAUGAGGGGAGGAAGGAGCCACAGCCUGAAGCCUGCACACUUGUUGAACUCUCUGAUCGUUGGCUUUGUUUAGGUGUAUUUGAGUGAGAUGGAUGGAUGGAUAGACAGUUGGGUGAAUUGUUACAGGGAUGGAUGUGUGAUCAGAUGGCCUGUUGGAUGGUGGUGGGUGGGUGAACACACCUCAUAUUUGAAAAUGCUUUAUUUUUUUAUAAUAAAAACAGGGUUUCUCAGAUCAACA